GUUCACACCCGCAUUGUCCUCUGCGACGGAAGAAAACGAUCGGGCCGGCCAGAUUCCGGACAGAUCGCAGAACGCCUAAAUACCUUGGACCGGCGCGGAGAGAGGGAGCCCGCCCUUGGGAGCGGAACGGGGUCCUGCGGCGGGUCCUUCCGGGCGGUGACAUUCAGCGGCCGUGCGGGGCGGCGGGACGUCCCUCUUGGAGCCAUGGCCCAGUUCGUCCGUAACCUCGCCGAGAAGGCUCCGGCGCUGCUGAACGCUGCUGUGACUUACUCGAAGCCUCGAUUGGCCACAUUUUGGCACUAUGCCAGGGUUGAGCUGGUUCCUCCAACCCCUGCUGAGAUCCCUACAGCUAUUCAGAGCUUGAAAAAAAUAGUCAAGAGUGCUCAAACUGGUAGCUUCAAACAGCUCACAGUUAAGGAAGCUCUGCUGAAUGGUUUGGUGGCCACCGAGGUGUGGAUGUGGUUUUAUGUCGGCGAGAUCAUAGGCAAGCGUGGCAUCAUUGGCUAUAAUGUUUGAAGACCAAUCUUUAACAUCUCUUUCUAUGUGGCUUAUAAUUUGAGUGUUCUUGGACCAUAUGUGAUCAGACUGGUAUUUGAAUAAAAUAAGAUAAUGUAUCAAAAUCAGUGUUUUCUCUAUCAGAUACUACAUGGAAGGAUCACAGUUUCUCUUAAUAAUAAGAUGGAUUGUCUUUUUGCUUUAAUACAUUAAUACAGCUCUCAGGGCAUGUCUUUUGCAUAGCCUAAAAUCAGAAAGGAUGAAGGAUGUAUGUGAAUAUACCAACCUGGGAAAUACAUUUAUAAGAAUAACAUUCUAAUUUGAAGAUUUGAAAUACAUGAUAAAUUUAUUUUUAUUUCCAGAAUAGUCAGAGGAAAGGUCUUGGGAGAACUAGGAUUUGCUACAGUAGGAAAAAUAGCAAUACCACGUGCCAAAGUGAUAUGGUUAAAUCAUGUCUGUGAUAUAAAGAAUAAAAUUUCAGUGGUUUCUUUUUGCUAGAAUCAGAGAUAACACCUGCAUUUAUAAAUGUUAAAGUACUUGGUGGUAUUCUAAGUAUGACAUCUUUAACACCAGGACAGAGCUACUGAGAGCCACAACCUCCUUUUUAAAUCUAAUUUUGAUGUGUGUUGUAUUACUAAUCUAUUCAGUUUUAUGGUUUUUAGAACCCAUCUUUACAAAAAUAAAAUACCCUAUGGAUAUUAAAUAGUUAUAAAUUUAGUAUCCUCCAUGGUUCUGAAGCAUACAUUAUACUCUGAAAUAAAUAGAAAUGCUUGCUA